GUCGGCAAGCCUGGAACCUCAGGAACCUCGGGCGAGUUGCGAGGCGAGGCAGUCAGUCGCUCUCAGCUACGACAUGCAUAACGCAUGAGAGCUAGCCAGAUCUUUCUCUCUCGUACAUUUCUUUUUUCUCUCUCUUUCUCUCUCUCUCGCGUCCUCGUGUCCGGGAGUAAAGUUAUACACAACAAAGGUAUAUCGACACACUGUACCCGGGAUCUCCAUCGUCUUCAAUCAGUCGCGUUUUAGUGGACUCAAGUUAUAAACGUGUGCGACGGACCAACCCUUUGGGUCUAAUAUCCGCUUGCUGAUAUUAAUUUAAUUCUAUUUUGUAAAUUAAUCAUUGUGACAAGACCAGUUUUUAUGGUGAUUAAAGUGUUGGUUAAAGUUGGAGACUACGGGCAAGUUCGACAGGUUGGAUUGACUCUUAAAAGUCAGUAGUGCUUACAAAUCCAGUAUUACGGGUGAUUGUGAGAGGUAGAACGCACAGUGUGUGCAACUAUUUGCACACAAGAAGUAAAUCUACAAAACCACUUGUCAUCAAUUGACACAGUGUGACGACUUAAAAUAUCAGCGAUUGGUAAUAAGUACUGAAAAUGCGUAAGAACAUGAAAAGAAAUAUAGUGAAAUGUUGUGAGAUAUCAUGCAGAAGCCUACCGCCAAAUAUCGGUAGUGAAUGAAAUCAAUUAAUUCUCGUUUAAGACUUUAUAUUAAGUAUAAGAAUAAUUAUUGUGAAUUGAACUUUGGUGUUGAGUCUGAACAAGUUUUACAGUUGAAAUAGAAAUACCUGUAAGACCUCUAUCUGCUAUUCAAGUUCUAGUCGAGCCCAGUCAGUUUGAUAAUUUAAGGUGUUUCUAUCGUAUUGGGUUGACGAUUGGAUUUGGUCUAACAGGUUGUAGGCUUUAUAAGUGAACGAGAAAAAAAAGAAAGAAAUAAAGGUUUUUUUACGGACAAGAAAAAUAUAAAUACAGUGGCGAGUGGUAUUUGCAAGUUGGAUACCUCUCGACAUUUUUUAGGACGGACAAGUCCCCGCAUUGACUAGCGAGGGAGUAGAUGGCAGCUACCACGUACAUGCCGAUUAGUAGUGCAGUGUCGGCCGACCUGGACGGUGGUUCGGGUACAGCUAUCGGAAUGAAUAUUGCCGUUGGUGGUUACUCCUCGGGCUCGCCUCGCAGCGCCGCCGACGCCGGGGAAAUGAAAUACAUGCCGGCGCCUCAGCAUCAUCAUCAUCAUCAUCACCACCAUCAAGUAUCAUCAUCGCCAUCGCCUAAUGGCUUAUCGCAUCCGGCAAGUUUAUCUUCGACGAAUCCAUGGGUUAGUCUGCAACCAGGUAGUGAUCCUUGGACAGCAUCUAUGGGGAUGCAUCAUACAACACAUCAUCCUCACCAUCAUCCCCAUCAGGGAAACUCUAGCUUAGAUGUUAAACCGCUAACCGCGGCGGCCACUGCCACGGAAUCUGUACAGGGCAUGCAUCAUCGGGGUCCUCAUCAAUCUCCCGGUAUGGGUUCACCACAUUCUUGGCAUGCACCCGUUCCGUCGGCUCAUUAUAAUCCUAGUGGUGGUGCUGCAUCACCAACAACUGCCCUUCAGCAAUAUCAUGCUGCCAUGAACGGCAUGUUACACCAACAUCCCCAUCAACAUCCACACCAGCUGCACAAUCAUCAAGCGGGUUUGCCACAUCAUUUGAGAGAAUCUCAUAACCACAGUCCUCCUUCGGGACAUCCACUUCAUCCAGGGCAUCCUCUUGACAGGGAUCACAGUGCUGGAGAAGAAGAGACACCUACGUCAGAUGACCUCGAGGCUUUUGCCAAGCAGUUCAAGCAACGAAGAAUUAAGUUAGGCUUUACUCAAGCAGACGUUGGUCUGGCACUUGGCACUUUGUAUGGCAAUGUAUUUUCACAAACAACGAUAUGCAGGUUUGAGGCGUUACAGUUGAGUUUCAAAAAUAUGUGUAAACUCAAGCCUCUACUGCAAAAAUGGCUGGAGGAAGCAGACUCGACGACAGGUUCACCAACCAGCAUCGACAAGAUUGCAGCACAAGGUAGAAAAAGGAAAAAGCGUACGUCCAUCGAGGUGUCAGUCAAGGGUGCCCUCGAGCAACACUUUCACAAGCAGCCAAAGCCAUCGGCUCAGGAGAUAACGUCACUGGCAGACAGCCUUCAGCUGGAGAAGGAAGUUGUCAGGGUGUGGUUCUGUAACCGUCGGCAGAAAGAGAAGAGGAUGACGCCACCAAAUACAUUGGGCGACGGAAUGAUGGAAGGAAUGCCACCAGGACACCAAAGCCAAGGUGGACUUCAUCAAGGAUAUCAUCCGCAGGAUCAUCUUCAUGGUUCACCAAUGGGUCACAGCCAUAGCCCACCAAUGUUGAGUCCUCAGGGUCUUACGGCACACUCACUUGCGGCUCACUAGCGUUCGCCGGGGCCUCCCCCGCUGGGCCUCGCUAUAACUUCACAAUCGAAUUCAACAAGCCCCGAUGGGCUACCACCCUUCUAUCAUCACUACCUCCAGGGCCGCACCACAGGCUACGGUGCAUCGUAGCUGCUAAGGCAGCAACAUCAUCAACAUUUUUAUCUGGAAAAUGAUGAUCAAUAUGUGCAAAAGGGGUUUGCAUUCGAUCUGAGCCAAGAUGAGUCCUUGUCGGUACACUGGGGAGGCCGACGGUCGUGUAUCAAGUCCGACACCAGAAUACUUAACUAUUUUCGCGAAUUUAAAUCAAGUUAAUUUGCCAAUAUAAAAAAGGAACGACGGAUUUACAUGUGUACACUUUCAAAGUAAAAGACUAUUUAAAAGACAAUCGUACGAUUAAAUAAAUAAAUAAAUAUAUAUGUGUAUGUAUAUGUGCUUAUAUACAUAUACAUAUCUCUAAACAUAAUAUGUAAUUAAAGAACUUAUUUAUUCGUCGUUCCGACGUUGUUGUUAAUGAAUUGUUAUUAUAGUUUGUUUUGUGACGACGUGUGUCUCUCUCGAUAAAGUGGUAACAAUUACAUAAAGUGAUAUGAACCACCGUCGGACAGUUAUAAUUAUUAGUUAUUAAAACACAAAUUUAGAGAGAGUAUAUAUAAUAGAGUCAUGUAUUCUUUUUUAUAGUAAUUAAAUAAAAAAAAAAACAAACUUCUUAACAAGUGA